AUGGCAUCCGAUACUCGUACUCGUACAAGUACUAGCAAACACAUUCUCCCAGGCGAGUGGGAGCGCCACAGGGAUAGGAUUGUCGGUCUGCGCCGGUCGGGGACCAUCCUCGAGGGCGACGACGGGAUCAUGGCGAUCAUGAAACGGGAGCAUGGAUUUGUGGCCAGUGUUUACAUCUGCCACGUAUAUACAACGUACCUGACAAUCGGGCAUCUGCUCAGUUCUUCGCAGUACGAGCUGCAACUCAACAAGUGGGCCGAGCGAAAGAACCUCCAUGCGGAGGAAUGGCGCCAGAUCAUUCAGACAGUCGACCAGUACAACGAAGAUGGAAUCCAUUGCGAUGUGUACCGAAACGGCCAACUUAUUCCACGAUGGACACUGAAGAGGAAACGCAAGGAGUACUGCCAGGGACAUGACGAACCCGUCUCCGUCAAGGGGGUCCAGGGUCGAGGUACGUAG